UGGCCGCAUAGUGCAUCUUUUUUUUUUUGUUUUCUUGACAAGUGCAUGGAGUUGUAAUUGAGAUCGGUAAAGAAUUUGUCUUCCCAUCAUCAUCGACCAUUAAAACGGAUUUGGAUCAGCAUGGCGCAGGUGGCGGAUUCCAAACCGGAAACCGAAUCCAAAACCAAACCACUAGCCGAUGAAAAGGCGGCCGAUUUUAAGCCGGAGAAUGUCCUGGUCGAUGCCGAUGCCGAUGCCUCAAUAGAAGUAAAAUCAAAUGACGCUAAGCUUAAUGAGAAUCUUGACAUUACAAUGGAUGAGUUGAGUUCACUGGAGCAGGAAAUUGCUAAAAUGCAUAAUGCACAAUUGAGCGAACCCGAAUUAGAGCAGACGUUAUCUGAGGAGCUAGCCACUGAUUCGAUAUCGGUUAGUGGAAGUUUAGAUGUCAAGCCAACUGCCAACGAUGAACAGAAUCAAACGCAUAGCGGUACACCACUGUCGCAUCAAUUAGAUAAACGGACAACAGCACAGAGUAGUCCGGGCGAGGGUCGCAGUGAGUCCACGCUGGAAGAUGCCGAUCUUAUAGCCCUACUCAAGGGCACUGACACCAGCUUGGAGCAGGCGCCAAAAGAAAAAUCAAAUAUCGAAUUGCCAUUGACCGAAAUGGAUGUUGGUGUAACAAUUGAGGGUGAGGGACAAUAUGAAAUAAUCGAGAUUGAUGACGACGACAAUGCCAAUAUUUCAAAGGCAAUCACUACCACUAUCAGUGCACCGAAUACCACCACGACCACCAUUACUAGCAGUAGCAAAUUGUCAUCAAAAGCUAAAGCAUCCAGUAAAAUCUCAGCCUCUGGCUCCAGUUAUGGUGGCAAAGUGAAACUUUCGCCAGAGCAAGCACGUGCCGUUGCCCUGGAACAAAUGGCUGACCUCUCAUCCCAUAAGGCGGCUAGACGUAAAGAGGCGCUAUCCCAGGCACUUGUGCUUGCCGAGUCUAUGGAUAUAAUUAGCUCGCUCAAGUAUGACUGGAAUGAGUACGAUAGUGGUAGCAGUGAUACCACCACCAGUCAACACCAGGUGGGCACCAUUAAAAAAUCUUCAAAUGCUGCAGCUCUAACUAAAAAGUCGCAGAAUAAUGACAAUAAUGAGACCAAGGCGGCGGCCACAUCGCCGACGGCUUCAACGCCGGCGGUGAUAGGCAAUGUAAAGGUUGUUGUUAAAGCUGUAAGCCAAAAUCAACUGACAACAACAGCAGCAGCAGCAGGCGCCACUACAACAACAACAACAAACACGGUUAAAGAAAAGGCCAAGAUCAAGGGGACCUCAUCAGCACCGCCUACAAUUACAGUGACUGCAGAGGCACCCGCACCCCCUGGAUUUAAAAGAGUGAUCAAACGAAAGAUUAUCUGGGAUCCAGAUGCACCCGAGACGCAAAAAUCAUUUGCUCAAUAUGCCAGCAGCAGCGGCAGCAACACUACCAAACGUUCGGCCACCCCAUUAUCGCAGCUAGCGGUAGUUGGAACCGGUGCCAAAGCUAACGCGAACAGUAAAGUAUCGAUAAAUUCGCGUAAGGAGGCGCAGGCAACUGCAUCAAUCGGCAAGAAACCACGUGCCUCAACACCCAAGGAACAGGGACAACAGAACAAGUCACCAACGAAGAGAUCAGCCACACCUAAUGCAACGGAUUCUGGUAUCAUGCCGACUACAAAACGGCGUUCUCAGACUCCUGGUACUACGGGUACGGCAGGAUCGGGUGGACCGACAAAUGGAGCUGUGAAAAAAAAGAAAGUCAGCGAAAUUGAUCGUCUGAUGGGUGAUGAGGGAGCUGCCAAUAUGAUUCAGGCCGUCGAGCAUGAGCAAAGGGAAAUGAGUGGCGGAGAAUUGUCAAACAAGCCAUUGAUGCGUAAGCGAGCCAUGACCAUAACAGGAAGGGCAGCAGCAGCAGCAGCAGCAGCCGAAGUCCAGGUAGCUCCACCUAAAAAAGAUUCCACACACAGCAACAAUGCAACAAAAACCACAACUAUAAAAGGAACCGCCGGUGGAUCUUCAGAAUUCAGUAGUGUUGUCACACCUGUAAAAUCACGUGCUUCCGACUCUUCGUGGGAUUAUGUGUACAAACAGCGAGCCAGCGAAGAGUCCAUGAUUGUGCGAAGGCGAUCAAAUAGUUCCUAUUCAAGCAAUGCAUCUGUUAGUCGCCUCUCACUGGACAAUAAAGCCGGCGUUGUGCUCUCAGAUGAUGCAGCCGAUACCAAUGAUCCUUCGUUCAAGUUUUUAAAGCCAGAAAAUAAGGCCAACAAUAGCCAGAGAACAAGUGGCGUCGGAGUGGAUACGGCUCAUACACUGGCCAACGAUUUGAAACGUAGCACCGCGUCGGCAUCUGGCAGGGGCAAAAUGGAUUUGGUUGUCUUCAAUAAACUUGAUAAGGUCGCCCAAUUGAUCAUAAAUACCCAUUACUCAAAAAUUGGAAAAACCUAUAAUGCCCAAUUGUUGCAUAAGCUAAGCGAAACUCUAAGCAAAUUGGCCAAAAGCAAUGAAUACAAUACGGUGCUCCUAACCGUGCAGGGUCAACAAUUCUGUCAAGGCAUUGAUUGCCAGGAAUUGGUGGCUGGAGCUCUCGAGAAGCGUAGAAGUUGUGCCAGUCAAUUGGCAAGCGUUCUCAAAACAUAUCUACGUACGCUGGCAACAUUCCCAAAACCUUUGGUGGCCGGUGUUAUGGGCAAUCUAAAGAAUUUGGGCGUAAUGCAAUUGCCAUUAUUCGAUUAUGUUGUAUCUGCCGAGGAUUGCACAUUUGAGACAAAUUACAAUAAACUGGGCCAAUUGCCAGAGGGCUAUGCUCUGUGGCACAAGCAUGAAAAGGUGUCGACUCAAGCGCAUGGACGUCUAUUCUUGCUGGGUGAGCGAUUGGGCACAUCGGAUCUAUUAACGCCAAAUAGUUUUAUUGACAAAUCCUGUAAAUCCCGAAAUGUCAAUGAUGAGGCUUUGGCCAUUGCCAAACUUAUAUCAACAUCUUCGGCAGAGACAUAUCGGACACUGAAAAAGUUAAAUCAUAUUAACACUAAUACGGCUAAUUUGACGCGUCUUGAGGAGGAAUUCGAAAUCAUAACCGAACAAUGGUCGACAGCGAAUUGUCAGGCAAAUUUUAAACGUUAUCUGAGCGAUGUUAAUAUUUAGAGGCAACCAAACUCACCUCCUUCUCCUCCUCCUGCUCCUCCUUAUAAAUAGAGACAUCGCAUACACCGGACAUACAUAUAUAUUAUUAUAAGAUAAUAACGCAAAUGUGAGGCCACAUACUACCAUGGUUUAGAAAAUGGUAGGGCUGAAAAAAUGCAUUGUAAAUCAAAGUUUUUGCUAAUUUUUAAAUGAAACAUUUAAUACUGUUUGAUUGAGUUCAAUAUGUAUAAAUACAUAUGUAUAUGUAGAGAUGUAAGUGAGAGUGUGUUUCGCAUCUAAGCGUUUGAAUUUAAUUUGAUUCUAAUUUGAUUUUUUGUAAUCGAGUUUCUUCUUCAAUGAAAAUAGAUGAAAUUGAAAAUUGGA